ACACACAACACUCUUGUACUCUGUGUACGUUUGAGGGUGGGCGGGUUGUCUGGAGAUGGGAAGAGCACCCUGUUGCGAGAAAGUGGGAUUAAAGAAAGGGAGAUGGACAGCUGAAGAAGAUGAGACUCUGAUUAAGUACAUUCAAGCUAAUGGGGAAGGUUCAUGGAGAUCAUUACCCAAGAAUGCUGGUUUAUUGAGAUGUGGAAAAAGUUGCAGACUGAGAUGGAUCAACUACUUAAGAGCUGACUUAAAGAGAGGGAAUAUCACUGCCGAAGAAGAAGAUACCAUUAUUAAGCUACAUAGCUCCUUGGGAAACAAGUGGUCGUUGAUAGCUACGCAAUUGCCAGGAAGAACAGACAACGAGAUAAAGAACUACUGGAACUCCCGUCUGAGCAGGAGAAUCCUCACCCUCAGGAGACUCGGCAAUGAAGGCCUACCGCCGGUGGUCAUGGACAUAACCAAGUUAGGCAGCGGAUGUAUGCGAAGAGGGGGUCGUACGGCACGAUCCGCCAUGAAGAAGAAACCUAUCAAGAUCAUUAAUGGUUCUAAUUCCAUUAAUGCAACAGUGAUGAUGUCUUCGGCACAGAAGAAAACUGUGAAAUUAGUUGCUGACAGUGAAAGGGGAGUGCUGCAAAUUGCUUUCAGUAGAGAUCAAAAUCAAAAUCAAAGCAUGGGUAUGAGUAUGAACCCAUCAUGUGAAGCUGCUGGUGCUGGUGGGGUAGAGACUGAAUUACAGAGUUUUAAUGGGGCUUUAAUGGGAGCAGAGAAGGUUCCGGAUCCGGAUACAGAGAGCAUGUUGAUAAGCUUUGAUGAGGUGAUUAAUGGAGUAGAACAGGAGAGAGAAAGUCAUGAUGAGACAUUGACAUUAAUGGGAGGGAACAAAGGGACCACCACCGCCAUCAUUACCACCAGCGAGGAGAUGGAGAGUGGAAUUGCAAGUUCUAAUGGAGAGAGUAUUGGGGAUUGGUAUUGUUCGUCUUCCAGUAUAACCUGCUGUUUCGAUGAUCAGAAUUGGGCUGAUUGGGAUUGGAAUGCUGCUGCUGCUGCUGCAAGUGCUGCUGCAAGUGAUGAUGUUGCAGUUGCAGCAGAGGAAAUUCACAGCAGUAGCAGUGGGAUGAGUGGAUCAAUUUGGGCUAAAGAAGGAGAGGAGAUGUUGUCAUGGCUCUGGAAGGAUGAUGAUGAUGAUGCGUUGGGAGGAGCUGCAGGAACUAGUGUGGAAGACUGUGAGCAGCAGCAGCAGGCUUUGGCUGCUUGGCUUCUUUCUUGAUCCAUAUAAGAUGUCUUCCAUCUACUUCUGCUCCUC